UGCACUUGUUCAUUUGGCGCCGCAGUGACCGAAGGCAGCUAACACAGAGCUAGCAUACAGCUAAUACAGAGCUAGGCUGCUAACUCACUUUUACAGUAGAUAUCAACCGUCUACGUUUAUUUCAUCGUGGACUCAGUGGGGUUAGCCAUGGUCAGGAAAGCCUCCAGAAAUGUCAGAAGGUACACGCUGAUGUACAAGAGCGAGAGACACACGAAGAGUGUCCCCCUGGCCAGAACCAUCCGGACCCGCAGCCAAGGUGUCAGCAGCGCCAGCUCCCUCCACACACUCCCACCGGAGGUGUUCAACCUGAUCCUGGAUCAACUGUCAGUGCUGGAAAUCAGUGUCUUUAGCAUGGUGUCCAAAGAAACCUCUCAAUUCAUCUUGGACUACAUCUCCACCAUGACCUGGAAGAAUAAAAUGAUCUCCCAAAGGUUUCACCACUCCACCUACCUGGAGCAGAAAUCCACUAUUGGACACUACAGAAACUUGGGUUUAUUAUUCAAGAGAUGUACACUUCUGCUACCAACAAAGGAAAGGUUGAAGUUUAUCUUUAACAAAUUCUCUAAGAUUCCCUGCUUCAUGUUAGAGCAGUGUCAAAUUCUCAACUGCAUCGGCUUCUCAAGCUGUGGUGUCUUUCUUAAGACACUGAUUGCAGGCUGGGAUGAGCUGGAGUGCCACAGAGUUUUCAACUUCCUGUGUGAUCGCACAAACCUACUGAAAAAAGCAGAGGCAGUUAUCUCUGCCAAACCAGGGAUGAGGAGUUACCAGGAGGUGCAGCUCCGUCUGUUCUGCCGUGAGGUUCUGUUGGAUCCGUGGCUGAAGCAGCCAGAGUGUCAGUUCUGGCUAACACAACUUCUGAGGCCUUGGCCCCUGGUCAGUCAGGCCCACUUGCUGUUCAUCCUCUACGGACCACAGCUGCCUGAGGGCACUCUGGGUUGGCAGGAUCUGGUGGAGACAGGGCUGCCUCACACCACCAUGUGGGACCUGGCCCAGGCCAUCCUCCUGCUGUUAGGCAAACUAGAAGUCAAAGGCUGGAGCAACGACUCGAUACUGGCAAUCCUGGAGGAGCUCAUCGUCAUUCCCCAGCCAUGGCAUGUGGAGAACGUGGCUCGUCUCUUGGUGCUGUGCGGCAGCAGUCUCUGCUACACUGUCCUGGCCAGCAAGGCCCUGAACGGACGCCUCCAGGAGAUCUCCAGACUCAUCGUCUACAUAAUACUGGAGUGUGAGAAGGAGGGCUACCACAUGAGCUGGGCGGUGAAGUUGGUACAAAAGCUCUGUAAUGUCUUCACCACCACUCCUGAAAGGUUCUACUUCAUCCAACAACUGGAAAACAUGUUUAUAGAAGUCACCAGGGACUUCCUUGAGUUUUAUGUCACAGGGAACAAUCUUGGAGACAGGGAGAAUUUCCAGAUCCUGUGUAUCCUCCUUGAGUCCAGCGCUCGCUUCCACACCAAAUUCCUCCACAUGUUGCUGACAUAGGACGCAUGCGGAUUGAAAGUGACACAAUGUGGGGCAGAGCAAGAAGAGAUGGAAGAGCAAGAAGAGAUGGAAGAGAAAGAGAGAAAGAGCACGAUAAGAUUCACAACAGUCCUAAGAACUGAAGAUGGGCGGUGUUGCCAUGGUUGGUUUGAAAGUUCCGAGAAAUCAGAGGAUGAAUACUGCUUACAGUUCACUACAUGCCAUAAAUUAGAUUGCAUUUGCUGGUUGUUUAAUUAUUUAUACAAAUGACAUUUGUCUAAUUAAUCUUGU